AUGGCGCUUCUUUCCCUUCUCCGCGAACUUCACCUACUGUCUAGCUUUAUUAUUGGUGUUGUUGGUGUCUUGGGUAUUGGCUGGAUCAUAUCUCGAAAACAGUCCAAGACAGAGGCUGCUGGACUUCCCCCCAACGAUUUCACCAAGGAAUCCAAUAUUCCUGUGUCGGUCAAUUACUUUCCCUCUCAAAAAUGCAACUACACCUGCGGAUUCUACUUCCAUACCUAUACCUCAUCUUACGUCCUCCCGAUUGAUGAAGCGAAGCGCGGCUUGAAACUUUUGAGAGAAGCUGGCAUGCGAAAGCUCAAUAUUGCUGGUGGCGAGCCAUUCCUCUACCCUCGUCGCUUGACUGAACUGCUCAAGUUUGGCAAGGAGGAACUGGGCCUCGAAAGCAUCAGCAUCGUGAGCAACGGCAGCAAGAUUACAGAGAAAUGGAUGCGUGAGAAUUGCCAAUGGCUGGAUAUUCUUGCAGUCUCAUGCGAUUCUUUCAACCCGGAGACGAACAAGAAGAUUGGACGGGGCGACGACGGAGGGAAUGUGAUCCAGCUCUUCCGCAUUGCGGAAUGGUUCAGGGACUAUGGCAUCAAGUUCAAGUUGAACACUGUUGUCAACAUCCACAAUUGGAAUGAAGACAUGUCAGCUGAGAUUGAGAGACUUGGCCCCUUUCGAUGGAAAGUGUUCCAGUGUCUCAUCGUUGCUGGUGAGAAUGAGAACGCGACCCGACUGCGAGAUGCGACAACGUUCCUCGUGACCUACGAACAAUGGAAGACAUUCUGCGACCGGCAUAAACAUCUUCCGUGCUAUGUUCCAGAAGAUACAAAUGCCAUGGCGAACAGCUACUUACUUCUGGAUGAGUACAUGUGCUUUUUGGACAAGGGAGAGGGCAUGAUGAUAAAGAGCGAGUCGAUCUUGAAGGUCGGCGUUGAGAAAGCAAUGAGUCAGGUUGUCUGGGACAAGGGUUCUUUUCUCGAUCGCGGUGGCAUUUACGACUGGGGCAGAUCCGAUGUGGCGAAGGAAGGUGGAUGCGGCGGCGGGAGUAAUGAAAAGCUGCAGUGGUGA